AUUCAACACGGGCACUUCCUCCCCACGUGAAACGUUCGGUACAUGUGAGGAACAGCACAACUACCACAGCUUUCCUUACGUUUUAAGGCCACUCAUAUUUGCUCAUAUUUUUUUAUGGUUAUCCAUAGUGAGACGAUGGAGUCAGUGGAGGAGGACGAGCUGCUCAGCGAGGAGUCAGAGGAGGAAAACAGCGAAUUAUCAGACAAUGAGCUCCAAGAAGCCUUCUCAAAAGGGUUGUUGAAACCUGGGAUGAACGUCCUGGUGAAUAAACCCAAAAAGUUUGUCAACAAUGUGGAGGGUCUGAAGCAGUGCCUCGCUGACUUCAGAAGAGACCUCCCUUGGGUGGAGAGGCUGGACAUGACCAACCCACCGGCUGAAGACGUUCUCGCCAAAGCUGAAGGGAAAGUCCCCAGUGUGGCCAAUGGAGAAGUCAAUGCAGAAGAUGAUUUCCAGAGGGAGAUGUUCUUCUAUCGUCAAGCUCAAGCUACAGUUCUUGAGGCGCUGCCCCUCCUAAAUAAGCAUGGCAUAUCCACCAAGAGGCCUGAGGAUUACUUUGCUGAGAUGGCCAAGUCGGAUCAGCACAUGCAGAAGAUCAGGCAAAAGCUGAUUUCAAAGCAGGCGAUACUGGAGAAGUCAGAGAAGGCAAAGAAACUCCGUGAACAAAGGAAGUUUGGCAAGAAGGUCCAAAUCGAAGUGAUCCAGAAGAGACAGAAGGAGAAGAAGGCCAUGAUGUCGGCUGUAAAGAAAUACCAGAAAGGAAUGACUGACAAACUGGAUUUCCUGGAAGGAGACCAAAAGACGGGUAAAGACUCUGCUCAGGGCUCCAAGAAGACAUUAAACAAAAAGGGCCCCAACGCAAAGAGAAAAUAUAAGGACCAGAAGUUCGGCUUCGGAGGCAAGAAGAGCGGAAAGAAGUGGAACACCAAAGAGAGCCAUAACGAUGUUUCCAGUUUCCGCGCCAAAGUGGCUCACGCAAAGGGCGGAAAAGGAGGAAAGAAAGGCAAAGGAGGGAAACAAAACAAACGUCCGGGCAAGUCUGUACGCAAGAAGAUGAAGUCUCGCUCAUAAAAAACAGAUGGAGGCUGGUGAACAGGCUGGACUUCGGACUUUGCUUCUAGACAGGAACAUGGACUCUUCUUCUUCACUUUUGGUACAAUAUACCUUCCAUAAAAGUGUGUCUGGAUUGAUUAUGGAGGACUAUCUUUACCCCCUUCAAGCCACACACAGAAACGGAGAGAGAGAGAGACGUCCUGUCAUAUUGCUAAGGAAGCUGUUUGAUGGACAUGGUCGCAGACUGGACUGCAUAGAGCUACCCAACAUACAGUGUUUUCCCAAGGUUCUUAAAAAAGUGAGAGAAUUUAAUAGUUAAGAAGUUGUCUUUUUUUCUUUAUUAGUUGUCAGUUUUUUGUAUAUGCCUCUUUGAUAAGGUGGUUUAAAGCUACUUUCUGUGAUUAUGCCUCUAUAUAUAUAUACACACCAACCUCCUUGCCAUAUAAUUUAGUGUGUGCUCAGUGGAAUUUGGUGUAUUCAGUUUUAUUUUUUCUAACUCAGCUCCUUGACAUGAUUGAUUCUCUCCCAUGUGACAUGACAUUUUAUAAUAUUGAGCAGCUGUCAGUUUUGCCCUUUCCCAUUCAUUAAUAUGAUUAGUACGUGAUGGCCAAGUGUGCUUUGUGUAGACCUGUGCAAAUGUUUCCCCCCGCAAGUGUUUUUCUUAGGUCUGCAAAGAUGGAAAUACAAAAGGGCAGCUUCUGGCGAUGACAACUGUUAUGUUUGUAUGAUAAACAAAUAAAUCUGAAAAGAGGUGUUCACUUUA